GCGACGAGCCAAUCACCGGGCGGGUCACCGGAACGCUCUGUGUCAGUGACGCUCCCGUUCUGCUGUCUAACCCGUUGCUCCGUCAUGUCGGCGGUUCCGUGUUCGGCCGCCUCGUGCGCCGGGCCUGUCCCGGGAAUGUCCAUGUUCCGCUGGUUGGAGGUGCUGGAGAAGGAGUUUGACAAGGCGUUCGUGGACGUUGACCUCUUGCUGGGCGAGAUAGACCCUGACCAGGCCGACAUCACGUAUGAGGGCAGGCAGAAGAUGACCAGUCUGAGCUCCUGCUUCGCUCAGCUGUGCCAUAAAGCCCAGACCGUCAGCCAGAUCAACCACAAGCUAGAGGCUCAGCUUGUGGACUUUAAAUCGGAGCUGACAGAGACGCAAGCAGAGAAAGUAGUAUUGGAGAGAGAGGUCCAUGACCAGCUGCUACAGCUCCAUGCCGUUCAGCUACAGCUCCAUGCCAAGAGCGGCCAGAAUGUGGACUCUGGGGCCAUCAAAGCCAAACUGUCUGUCCCUAGCAUGGACGUAUUGGAAAAGGAGCUGCAGGCCAACAAGAAGGAAAAGGUGAAGGAAGCGCAGUUGGAGGCUGAAGUGAAGCUGCUUCGUAAAGAGAAUGAGGCUCUCCGCAGACACAUUGCUGUUCUCCAGGCAGAAGUCUAUGGAGCAAGGCUGGCUGCUAAAUAUUUAGAUAAGGAGCUGGCUGGAAGGGUGCAGCAGAUACAGCUGCUUGGUCGUGAUAUGAAGGGUCCAGCUCAUGACAAGCUAUGGAAUCAACUCGAGGCUGAAAUUCACCUACAUAGACAUAAAACGGUCAUCAGAGCCUGCAGAGGACGAAAUGACUUGAAGCGACCCUUAUCUGCUCCUCAAGGGCAUCAGGAUCCAGACUGCCUGAAGAAAAGUCAGGGAGUUGGUCCCAUCAGAAAAGUGAUUUUGGCUAAAGAAGACCAUGAAGGACUUGGCAUAUCAAUCACGGGAGGAAAGGAGCAUGGUGUUCCUAUUUUAAUAUCAGAAAUUCAUCCAGCUCAACCUGCUGAUCGAUGUGGAGGCCUCCAUGUUGGUGAUGCAAUUUUGGCGGUAAAUGGUAUAAAUUUAAGGGAUGCCAAACACAAAGAAGCGGUCACCAUUCUUUCUCAGCAGAGAGGAGAAAUUGAGUUUGAAGUGGUCUAUGUCGCUCCAGAGAUAGAUUCAGAUGAUGAGAACGUGGAGUAUGAGGAUGAAACUGGACAUCGCUAUCGCUUGUAUCUGGAUGAGUUGGAGGAAAGUGGAACUAGCCCUAGGGCAAGCAGUAAAGAUGGAAGUGGAGAUGCUAAACCUUUACGAGUGUUUGACCAAAAGCAUCACAUUGAGGUACAUGAAAACGGAGAGCUGGAGUCGACAAGUGAAUCUCUGUCGGGGGACACUGCUUCCAAACUGGCGUAUUCUUCCGAAUCUCUGUCAUAGGAGCAGCCUCCUGUUAUUUAGAGGAAGAGACCAAUACUCUAGUGGAUGAGACACUACAGUCUCGAAAGAGGCCGGAUACCUAUGCCUCCAUGCGGUUUCCUCAGGGUCUGUCUGAGCAAUUCUACAUGUGCAAAAAUCUGUCACUUAUCCACUAGCAGUUGUAGCCGUUGACAUUGCAUGUUUCUUUCUUUUAUUUUCUACUUCUUUUUUGUAAGCACCAAAGCAUGUCCUUCAACUGUAACCUGAAAAAAUUGCUUUACAUGUCUGUCAUUGGUGAAACUGGACUGGUAGUGUUUACAAGACAGAAGGUGUAGAGAGAGUGGAAGAAGGGCCUCAUGAGUGCCAACUGGGCCAGCACAAUCCUCCAACCAGUAAGGCUCAUGCAGUACAUAUAUCCUGCCUUCUGCAGUCGUUUUUUGUAUGUCAACGUUUUCUAGUGAGAUUGUUAAUCCGCCCGUGUAUGUAUUUUUUAUUUAUCCAGAGUAUGACUAUACAGGGUACUCGCGGCCUUGUUCCCUGUGAGAAGGAUUAGCUACAGUGUUUGGACCUCUGAUCAUCACUUGCCAUAAGGCAUGAAUUGACUGUUUUAGCUAUAGCGUUAAGACUGUUCAAUAAAUCAGAACAUGCCAGCCCGUGGGUCGUGUGUGCAUUCAAGAGAGGGGAGAAAAAUGGCCCUUUUCUCUUAUAAAGCAGGGUUUAAAGUGCAGGUGUGGACCCAGCCAAACACUGUAGCAACUAAUGGAGCAGUGCACAUAAACAGGGACUUGCCUGUCACUAUUCGUGUAUAAAACGGACGUGAAACAGUCCUCUCCCCGUAUUGUUUCCAGCUGCACUAAAGGCAUUAUGGGAAGUGUAUAUAGUAGUUAAAUUGCUAUUUAUAAAACUAUUUAGUCUCUCCUGUAUGUGACCUGAUCUUUUUGGUGUCACUUAAAGGGGUUGACCAACUCGGAGACUUUAACAGAUGCCUGCACUGUUUUGUACCUUUUGUGAAACUCAUAAUCACCUGUUCAUGCACCCUGUCGACAUGUGUGCCACUGAUGCCAUUAACUGGUUUGAGUAGAGACAUAUCCCCCUAGCGCUGAGUAACAUGCUGUUUAGGAACACAUCACUGCUUAGGCCAGUCAUUGGCUGCAGCGCACAUGUGUCCCCUGUCCUGAAAUUUAUAGGACUUUGAACAGGAUAUUGCAAAAGAGAGCGGAACAAGAGUGGCGGUGAGUAUGAGUGAGUUUGUUUUUUGUUUUUUAACAGGUAUUGCAGGGGCCUAUUAAAGUCAUUUAAGUUGCACAACCCCUUUAAUCUAGGUUAUGUAUAUGUUUAAGACUUUUUAUACUGUAUUUUUUUAGCUUUCCAUUUUUUUUUUUGUUUUGUUUCUAUUAUAUUGACAACUCUCCAAUCACAUCCAUUACAGUAGUCAUAUGACCAUAUACUGCAUUUAUCAAUAUAUUCAUUGUCAUUUUCGUCAAAACAUGUAUGCUUUAAUAGAUAGCAGCAGUAGAAAUGUGUCCAGGAUGGCUGUCCUCUUAUCCCACCCAUCCGUGUGCGUUGUGUACAUCAUGUUUUCCAUGCCAAAAUAGUGCAAAUGGAUUUCAUACUGAUACAUAUCCAUAUCAUAACGGUAUGUUUUGUACGGUCUUCUCCUUGGGACUACAGUGAUUAUAGGUUCUACCCAAUUAAAUAAAUGCACUAAAUCUGG